CCUUGACUCACUUUUAACCUACACAAUCUCUCGUCUGGAUCAUCAAUCAAUCGCCUAUUUUUGUCUCUCCGGUGAGAUUCCGACCGAAAUCGAGAGUGAAGGGAGAACAUUUGCUCGGGAAGAUGAACACGAUAGCGAAGCGAGUUACGGGAUUAAUGACUCGGGCGAGUCAUAAACAGUUGCAGCAGGAGCGAGGGAUAAGAGUGAAGGUAUUCUCCGGAGAUCUGGACAAGGCGCUGACGAUUCUGCAGAGGAAGAUGCAGUCGAGUGGAAUGGAGAGGCUGAUAAAAGCGCAGCAGACUCAUCACAUUAAGAACUCGGAGAAGAAGGUUCUCGCUAGGAGGAAUCUAGAACGCAGGAUCAAAUCCAUUGACUUUGCUCGCAAACUCCAGUCGAUCCUCAUCAAGAAAGUCAGAGGUUUAUGAGAGCCGAGCCAAAUCAACAAUGCUGCUAUAACCAUUACCUUUUUUUUUGGGGAAUUAAUGUCGAUCAGUGCUAGUAUGUGUGAUAUAACACAGUUGUGAUCCAGGUUUUUUUCUGUUCAUUUUGAACUUUUGAUGAAUGGAAUCAAUGUGGGAUUGGGAUGAUAUUGGAUUAUACCAUUAGUUGUUUACUCUAUGAAUAAGGCUUUUCUUUUCUAAGUUUUCCAUAAUCAUUAUGAAAAUUCAGUUC